UUGUUCCACAGCUCGGCGCUGAGCUGUCCACUUCAGCACCACAAGCUAAUGUUUCCACGGAGGAGCGGCUCCACAUCAGCACCGGCGCCCAGGACAGAAUUCCCCAAAUUCCCAUCCAAGAUUCAUCAGCCGGAAACGCUUUGAAACUCCGUGGCCGAAGACUGCGGGAAAAGACUCCGGUCAUCAUGUAUGACGCAACGAGGGUGCCGUCUCCAAAGGAUGGUCCAAAAGGGCUGUCCAAGCCACAGGUCCCCGGAACAGGACCAGACUUGGGAACAACAACAGCAGGAGUCUUAACGCCGGCUACCGCACAACAAGCUAAAACUGAGGAAGGACAGUCCGGUGCGGAGGAGGAGGAGGAGCCAAAAUCAGAGCCGGUCCUGGUGAAAAAGCCACAAAGAGAGAUACUGGACCAUGAGAGGAAGAGGAGGGUGGAGCUGAAAUGUAUGGAGCUCCAAGAGAUGAUGGAGGAGCAAGGGUACACAGAGGAGGAGAUUCGACAGAAAGUGAGCACGUUCAGACAAAUGCUGAUGGACAAAGAAGGUGUCAUCACCAGAGAGGGCUCACAACCUGUGGUCAACCACUUGCACUACUAUCCUGAAAGGUACGAAGAUGAUGCUGAAUUGGUUGGCGAUGAAGACGGAGACUACGCCUACGAUGAUUAUCACAGUGAUAACAGACUGAAGAGGAAAUCCAACAGCUCUCCAUCUCCUCGCCCAAAGAAAAAAAAGAAGAAGAAAUCCAGCCGCAGGAGAAGUAGAUUUGGCAGUUCAUCACCCACUCGCAGAGAAAAGAAGAAAAAAAGUGGCAAGAAACACAAACGUGACAGGUCUGCAUCCGGCUCCAGCAAAAAGCGCAGGUACAGGUCAGGAAGCCCGAAGGACAAGCACAAAGACAAGAGCAAACCGAAAAAGAGCUCCCCCGCCGAGACCCCCAGAAGGAGCAUACAGCGCCAGGGCAGCUGCUGCAGCAGCCGCAGCGCCUCCCUCACGUCCACGCGGAGCGCCUCCAAGUCUCCCAGCAGACUGAACUCCAAACACAGGAAAGAUGGAAAGAAGGCAGCGUCUCCGUCCUCCGGCCCCAACAGCCCCGCAGCUUGGCCCAACGGCGACCCCACCCAGCGCAGUCAUAACGGCAAAGCCGGCAGACUCAACAACACUGAGGGCAAUAAGGUGCAAGAUAAGCUCCGUCCGUUGGCCGCCGCCGGCUCAGCCAGCAUCCAGUCGGCUUUGCUGAGAGAACAGAAGCUCCACGGCGCCCCCGGCAGGAGCCAAGCCGCGCAGACGUGGGACGCGGCCGAUGUCGGGAGCGCGGAUGGCAAGAGCGCGGUUGUCGUCGGUCACAGGACGGGGAGAAGACAGAGCCAGCGAGACCGGAACCGGAGCUCCCGCUCUCCUGCUCACAGCAGUGACUCGGCACAUUCCCAACGCAACCACACGCACAGAGGGAAGACCCGGCAUCAGAGAAAGAUAAAAAGCAGCCACUCCUCCAAGCGUCACCACCGCUCCGGUCGAGGUCAGGCACACCACCGCAGCCCGUCGGCAUCUUCGGGCCGCCACUCGUCCGGGAGAAAGAAGGAGGCGUCACGAAGCAAACAGAACGCGAGACAUCGCAGCAGCUCCUGGAGCAGCGAGCACUCCUCCUGUGCCCACAGGGACCGGGGCCCCAGCAAGACCAAGUCUCCUCACGCCAGACAGAACGCCUCCAGAGAGAGGGACAGCCAGAACCGUUGCGACAGCGACGCCGACAGCCGGGCCCGACGCCGCUCUCGGAGUUAUUCGCCCAUUCGCAAACGGAGGAGAGAUUCGCCCAGUUUCAUGGAGGCUCGCAGGAUCACCAGCGCUCGGAAACGCCCCAUCCCCUACUACCGGCCCAGCCCGUCAUCGUCCAGCUACGACAGCAGUCCCUCACGCUCCAGCCGCAGCCGCAGUCGUAGCUACAGCAGCUACAGUCGCAGUCGCAGCAGGAGCCGCAGCAGAAGCAGGAGUCUGAGUCGCAGUCGGAGCUGGAGCCGCAGUCGCAGUCACAGCUGGAGUCGGAGCAGGAGUCGCUCUCGAAGCCACCACAGCUACUCCAGCCGCAGCAGUUACGACAGCCCCGGUUUCUGACAGACAAGACUACAGUCGGGUUUGUGAUGCAUUUAAUGUGCGCCCCAAAGCCCCCUUCCUUCCUAGACCGGAGUCUCUCUGCUGCGGUCUGGUAGAACAGAGAUCAUACGUUGGCGGUCUCCCACUCGCUCCUUAAAUACCAGACCAACACGACUUAUGGUCAUUUUAAUAUUUGGACAAUGCUUAUCUUUUAGCUGGAACUGACAUAAGAACAAUUGACAAAUCAAAUACAGUAAACCUCGGAUAUAUCGGACUCGGAUAUAUUGGAAAUUCGCUCACAACGGACAGAUAAAAAAGAACCGAUUUUUCUGUAAUGCAUUUCCAAUAAAAAUUCAUUGCAUAUAUCGGAUUUUUUAUAAUGGAUUUCGCCUAUUUCGGACAAAAUCUCCCGUUCCAAUGCAUUUCCAUUAAAUUUCCCUCGCAUAUAUCGGAUGGCCGCAUCGUGGCGCUCCGAUUCGCCGAAUCGUGACAGGCCGCUAUACGACGUCAUUUGCAGCGUUUGCAGCGUUUGCAGCGUUGCCUGCGCGUCCAGGUACAUUGGAAACAUAGUCAAGGAAGUGCCUUUUUAGAACGGAUAAAAUCCGAUUUACGUAUAUACCGGAUAUAAAUCCGAUAUAUGCGUAAAACGGACAUUUUCCGGUAUACGCAUAUAACGGAUUUCGCUUAUAUCGGACAAAACCAGUGGGAACAAUUGAAUCCGAUAUAUCCGAGGUUUACUGUACUUUCAUAUUUGACCCAAAAUUAAGGCAUUGGCCUUUUUUAAAUGUAUACAUAAAGUUCAAUUCCACUGUACUGCCAAUAUACUGUAUGCUAGGCUACCUGGAAAAAAUGUGACAUCCGAUAAUUCAUUGUUUUUUAACGACCAAUUGACUUCCGGAGCCCAAUCUACUCUAAUAUUUCCAACUUUCCAUUUUAUUACAAAUGUUGAUCUGAAAUCGGAGGAGAAUGUCAACAUCAAGCAAGCAAAGUGAGUGAACCACGCAUCAAAAAUAGACAUGCCGUGCUUGUGGCGCCAUGUAUACGUACGACGUCGGGAUGUAACGUACCACCAUUCCCUGGUGGUCCCGGAGUUUGACCCCCCCUCAUGAAAAUUGUCAUUGUCUUCAAGUCUCUUCCAGCUAAAAGAUAUAGUCCGACACAUCGAAAAAAAAACGUAUGACGAGUCUUUAACUGUGCACAAUAGUCCAGGAUUUGACCGAGCCCUUUGAACAAAGCUCGCCGUUUGUCGGCACUUUUAUUUAUUUCUUCCACAAAGCAACCAAAAGAUAUAAAUAUGUAUUAUAUAUUCAUCAACAGUAGGUGCUGUGAAAAAAAGACACAUCAUAAAUAACACAAAGACCUUCACUUCCUGGAAGCAUUGAGAUUCAUGUAAGUAUAAGAGGACUCAACAGGAAAGAAGGCGGAAAAAAUAACUUUUUAUGCUAAAAAAACAAAAACAAAAUGGCAUUGUAUAGGUUUGAGUGUAUAGAUGGCUUUGUAAACUAUGCACUGUAUUUAGGCAUUUAGUUCCAAGAGUCGCGGUGACGACGCAUGAUGCAUCAAAAACGACGUGGAGCUGCCAGGGUGCGUUCAGGCUUGUCACGUUUGAACCGAUGUUCCAAUGAAAUUGUGUUAAAAAAUGAUAAGAAAAUGUACAGGAUACAGUAGAUCCCCGCAUAUUCGAUAUUCGGCGGUUUUUGUAUU